AUGGAUUCACGUUUCACUGAGGCUGUUUCACUGUGGAUUCGAAGACCUCAAGUUGUACAUAAAAAUGUAUUUGCUUCGUCUGUAAUUAACGAAUGUGAUGAGUCAUGUGAGAGAGUUAUAUACCCAAAGCUGCGUACUGGAAUCAAGGAAUUCACUGAGGUGUUAACGAAAGGCACACGGUACAAGUUCUCGUCUGUCUUUAUAACAUAUACUAUAGAGAUGCAGGAUAAUCGAAUCCAAAUCUCUGUUUUGAAAGAGCUUCCUUCUAGUUUCUUUCAAGGUUCUUGGUUAAAAGAAGUACUCGAAAAGAAGCUUAAUUGCUGGUAUUCUUGCGAAAUAAAGGUCAAUAUUAAUUCGCUUUCACUAAUCGACCCUCAUUUAUAUCAAAUGGAAUAUGAAAAACUCAAGAAUGCAUAUGGAUCAAUCCUUGUUCAUAAUUGGUCGGAAAGGACAGAUCCGCUAAAAUUUGUAUAUGAAGAUAUUGGCAUAGCGUGUUAUCUAAAAUGUUUGUGGAAGAAUGAACGUGUUAACUUUGUUGACCUUGGUUGCGGAAACGGACUUUUGACAUACAUACUUUUGUCUGAAGGGUUCGAUGGUGUAGGAAUAGAUGUCCGAAAAAGACGCAUUUGGGAAUCGUAUCCUCCUAAUGUUCAACAACGUCUAAAGGAAUUUUCGUUAAAUCCAGAAAACAGUAAUGGCUUUCCGGGGUCGAAUUGGCUGAUCGGAAAUCACAGUGAUGAACUAACUCCCUGGUUGCCAAUUCUGGCUUGCAAAUCAGGUCCGCUCUGCAAGUUAUUUGUGCUGCCAUGUUGCCCUUAUGGUCUCUUCGGCAAAUUCAAUAUACCAAUAAAUUCACUUCCAUUCUUACGAGAAGGCGUAAAUGUCAAACAAAUAACUGAAAGUCGAUAUGGUAAUUAUCUUAAAUACAUACAGCAAGUAUUUGCUAUCUGUGGAUUUAUCCCCGAGGUAGACGCCCUGAGAAUUCCAUCUACUAAACGUAUAUGCUUGGUUGGAAGAUAUUUAAUUGAUGAUUCAAAGAAUUUUGAUGACAUGUAUGUAAAUCGUUUGUCUAAUGUUCAAAAGUACAUCGAAUAUGAACGUAACUUCAUUGUGAAACCUGAAAAAACAUUUGUUGCACGUCCAUCUACUGAACAGUCUUACAAUUGUUCUACUAUUUCUAGAACAGUUCUUGACAAUAUUUGUCAUACAAUCUUUACUACCUUGUUGAACUGUCCGCCCGAUAAAGAGUAUUUACUAUCUCAUAAUGUGAAAAUUUCGGAUGAAUUAAAGAUACAAACUUUGGACAACCGUUGGUGGAAUCCUGGUGGUGUAUUAAGCUUAUCAGAGUGCAGUAAACUUAUACCGACGAAUGAUAUGAGGUUAUUAAAAUCUCAGAAUGGGGGUUUGCAGACUGUUCUAAAAAAUCAUCACCAAUGCUUUCGAACUAUCAAAAACAAUGUUCAGCUACGUUGGUCACCAAAUAAGAUGCUGCAAUUAAAGGAUUCUUUGUCUGUAUCAAACAGCGAAAAAAGGGGAAAGAAUCGCAAAAUGAAACUGUGUUGGAUGUUGCUGAAUCACCCAGAUGGUUGUCCAUACCCUUCAGAAUUGUGCGAUUUCGCUCACAGUGAGAGUGAGAUUAUUUUAAAAACCUCUGAGAAAUAA